GCCAGAAGUGUUGGUUACCAUUUUGUAAACAAUUUUCAGCUUAAUUACUUGCUACGGCAAGAAAAACAAAAUCAUCUAGUUUUAUUAUGGUUUAUUAAUAAAUCCAGAUUAUACCUCUUAUUAAGCCUGAGUAAAUUGGAUUCAUCACAGGAUAAAAAAUCAUCAUUACUUGUGUCAAUCGUGCAAAGCUUCUUCUUUUUGAUUCAUUGGUUAUGGUAAAAGAAUCUGGACCAACAUGCCAACAAUUAUUCUACUUGAUGUUUCUUUAUCCAUGUCUAAAACUGUCGUUCUUCAGGACACUAAUGAAGUACAAUCGUUGAAAAAUCUAGCCGUACAAGGUUUAAAUCUUCUGUUAGAUUAUAUUUCGAAUAACUGCAGACUAGAAUUGAUUUCGCUCAUGUUAUACUCGUCACUUUGGGAACGCAGCUUGUCGUUCACUCGUGAUUAUGACAAUAUUCGCGCUGCUCUCAAUUUAUCGGAUGAAGUGUUUGAUAAAACAAAUACCAUAAACGCUCUCAGAGGAGUCCAAGAAUUAGUUCAUGAAGAAUGGGGUAGUAAUGUACCUUGCAACAUUUUACUAGUAACUGAUGGUAGUCCAGGCAUAUCAUCCUACUCAGAAGCUGAAAACUUUGAGAAAUGCUUGUUCAAAUUCAAUUUUCCUGCUAAACUUCAUAUUGUUAGUUUAUGUUCACCAAGCGAACCUUUCGCUCAACAUGCUGUUUCUUAUUUCAAAAAGAUAUUGGAAACAGUAAUGCCAGAAUCUAAGAAUGACAUAAGUAAUCAUCUUUGGAUGCCAGAAACAAUGUCAAUGAACUGUAUAAAAAAGAUUUUUCAAGAUUUGGCUGAAUCUAAUUACACUCCCUAUCGUGGAAGACUUCAUUGUGGAAGUUUGAGUGGUCCAAUCAUGUUAUUCCCAACUUUAGAAGGAUAUGUUCAAAAUAAUGAUUUUGAGAUAAUCAAUAUUCAACCAUCUAGUGAUAUAACCAUUUGUGGAUUCAUGAAUAUCAACGAAGUCUCAAGUCCACCGGUUCAUAGUCGCCAUUUGAUCUUCAGUACUCCUUUGACUAAGGAUGAAUUACAACGAUUCCAUUCAAUCCUAACAUUUAAAGAUAGCGCAAAUUUUGAUUUAAAUGCUUCAACAACUUUUGACAUGGAAGAAGCUCUUAAUUCAAUACUAACCGAUGAAAGCAAACAACCAUCUUUAUGUGUAUUACUUCAUGGAGCUCUUAAAGUCGAAGGAAUGGUUGCCAUAUGUAAACUUGCACCUAAUUGGUAUGGUAUGAUCUACUCUUGGGCUGACAGUAAAAAGAAAUCAAGUUUAAUGUUUUCAACAUUCAAUGCUGGAACAGAUUGUGUCUCUUGGCUUGGUAAUUUAUCAAUGUUAGGUUUACCUCAGUUAAGUGUAAAAGGAGCAGUUCAAGAGCCUAGUAAAAGCAAUGAACGUAAAAGUUAUUCUUCAUCGUGUGUUGUUUGGAUUAAACAAUCAAACCUUCAAUCUGAUAUUCAAAAAGUUUUACGAUUGGCUAAAAAAUUACCUGAAAAGACACCAAACUUUUAUAAAGAGCUAAAUAGAUUUAGAAAAGCUGCCCUUGUAACUGGUUUCUAUGAAAUAAUUGACGGUAUGGCAGCUAUUCUUGAAAGAGAGUGUACAUUAUUACCUGGUGGAUCUAAUCCUGAAGCUGCUUUACAAUUAACCCAUGCUUCACAAGCACUUAGAGCAAAUAAGGAACCAAGUUCUUACGAUUCAGUGAUAACCCCAAUGAAAACAAGGUUCACAUCAAACUAAAUCAAAAAGGCUUAAAUUUUUUCAGUUGGUUUAGUUUGUUGAUCUUCAUCAUCUUGUAAAAUUAUUGGCUUUUUUCAACCAUUCAAGUUAAAUCUCCUCUUUUCCAGAAAAACAAUGUAUCAAUAUUUCUUAUAUUUCAUAAAUAUUAUUUUUUGUUCAAAGAUAAAAUUGUAAAUAUGCAAAGACCAUAUAAAACUUUCUCAUUCGCUUACAUGA